CUUCCUGAAUACGUCCAUCCUGGCUGCGGCCUCCAGCCUCAUGGGGCACCCGGAACUCUGGCUCGGAGCGGACACGGGUCGACGGGAACCGGGCGUGAGGGAAUCACAAGCCGGCCGACGAGUCGAGCCUGGGUCCACCUGAGGGAGCGCAAAGUUCUGGUUCGGCUGUGCGCAUUUACGCACAAGAACUCAGGCGGUUGCGGCGGCGGAAGCGGCUGGCCCUGCGUGUUUCCACAGUGAGGUGACAGGAGAGGACCAGUCAACUUACUCCUGCUUGCCUUCCUUGGGUCUGGCGCUCAGUGCGGCGAGAUGAUGAGGGGAAACAGAGUUUGCUUCUGUCCACAAAGGGUUUGAAGUGAGGGGCCUCAAGAAGAAUAAAGAAACAGAGGAGAAGAAGAAAGCAACCAACAUCCCCCCAGUGAAGGAUUUCCCCUUGUUGUUUGCAGCCAGACUAUGAGGCUGUGAGUUUGAGUCCUCGUCCCUCUUACAGAGUUCUUCUUCUUCACUACCUGACACCAUGCCACUGAAGGACAGAUGGAGGAGUGGGGGCAGCUGCCUCUGGAUGCUGCUGCUCCUGCCCCUGCUCUGCUGUCUGGUUCUGGCACAGGGCUCCACGCUGAGCCCAGAGGACAGCCGGUCCACCACUGCUGCGAUGCUGCCGGAGGACUGGACCAACACCACGGUGCCACUGCAGCCGGACCUGCAGACCGUCGGCCAAACGCCCACAGAGGAGCCGGCGGAGGCGCCGACGGAAGACCAGACGGAGGCACCGACGGAGAUGCAGACUCAGGUCUUCACCAACAACUACACAGGUAUGUCCUGCGUCCCCGUCCUGCCACCUCGUCGGGGUUCCUUCUAUGUGGAGAAAGGAACAGGCAUGUCGGUGGGCAGUGUGCUGGCCUUCUGGUGCAGAGAGGGAUACCAGCUGGUCGGCAGCGACAAAAUCUCCUGCCAUGUCAGAAAGGGCAAAGCGCAGUGGAGCAACUACCUACCCGUCUGCGAAGGAAUCCCCAGACCGGAGGACCGUGGACUGAGAGUGGCCGUGUUGGCUUCAGUUGUGAGUGGCAUCGUCAUUUUUGCCAUGUCCUUGUCCUUCCUCGUCUGCUGCCUGCAGGAGCGAUCUAGCCGGGACCGUGCCAAGAAAGACGGCCGGAGCAGAGAGAAGAGAUCAGGCCGCCGCAGUGAAUGCUGGCUGGAGACAGAAGAGGGCGAGUGGGAAGCCUUCCCUCCACCCAAGAUUUUCCACCUGUCCCAAAGGAUGAACCCCCGUCUGGCACCCGACAGUCCCCUUUACCUGACAGGAGCCCUCAACGGAUACGAGAACAGAGGAUACCAACGGAGUCAGGAGAGUCUGCUGAAGACCUCUCUGCCUGGACUCUACCGUUCUGAGUCCCAGCUGUACCCACACGUCGUCCUCCAGAGAGUUCCUACUCCUACUGCACCAUCUGCUCCUUCCGCUCCAUCGGCUCCUCUGUACCUCCACCUUCCCCCGUCUUCUUCGGCAGGCUCCUCCCCAGCCCACACCAUUACCCAAAGCCAGCCCCAGAUCAUGACGCAGUACCCGACGCCAACGUAUCCGCCCAACCCCAACACAGCUGUGCCUACUUACCCCCACCCAACACCAGCUCCUAUUUACCCCAACCCCAACCCACCACCUCAGAGGCCAUGGCAGUAGCUUUAUCUUCUGUUGUCCUGCUCUACAGGGUGUUCUAGCUGGCUAUGCAGAAGAGCAAAGAAAGAAAAGGCCCGAGUCACAUUCUGAAGAAGUCUUUUUAGGUUUUCUUAUCCCCGUUUUCUCUGUUGAAAAUGCCCUGCUCCAAAGCAGACAUGAAGGAAAUGCAGCAAACAACAAAGUACUCCUUGUUACUGCAUGCUUGAAGCACUUUUCCUACCGCCAGCACUUUACCAGUGAACAGUUGAGUUUUCUUAGUUCUACCUGAAAUGUUGGUGAAACAGAAGGUCAUCAGCGAAAACUCUGCUUUCUUACAAAGAACUCUGUUAAGCUAGUAAACAAAGGACCUUGGGUUGGGGUUGUAAUUUGUGCACUAACCUCAUUUGUAAGAGAAACCUGCCGUAGUGGGUGUGUUUAGGCAGCUCUAAGCCAUUUAAUGUAUUUUCUAUCAUUAACUGCUUUUAAGGAAGAUCCCUAUCAGCCUUUUUUCAGGUGUUGCUGAUCUAAUUACGUUUUAACUAAGUGAAAUUAUGUUUAUGUAUUGACUAGAGCUGUGAGUAAGUUAAUGAAUGCAGGUCUUCUUAAUAUUCUUGUACUUUCUGGUCCUACGACUACAACCGGCACUGUGACUGAAAUGCUGCUGUUGUUCCAGCCACUAAACAAAUCUAUUUUGCACUAUUUGUAUGGAUUUCAAAAUGUAGCAAGAGCUUCUCAGCUGAUCUUCAACACCACAACAGUUCUGUUAAUGUUUUCUCUGUGUGUUAUCUUACAAAAGUCAGCACUUGAGUGCUUGACUAACUAGACAUUGUGACAUUCCCCAAGAAGGGGAUAGUGAUUUGCUUAGAUCCUACAGCACCAGAGUUCAAAGAGUAACCUAUAUGUUCAAGAUGAUCAUUUUUAGGAUAAUCUCUGGUUUUACAAAAUAAAAGUGGUGUAAAAGAUUGCAGAUCUAUUGUUGAUCCAUUGUAAACUCUGUUGAGUUUGUGUAUAAAGUCUAACCAUAUAGAUACAGUCCCUUGCAAAAGUAAACAUACAGUCUCUCUUUCAUUCUUCCACAUUUUGGGUGGCAAUGAAGUACAAGUUCACAACUGUAGUUACAAAGAAUUACAGUUGUGAUUCUUUGGGGUAUCUGCUAGCUUUUUGUCUGCCCUUCUGUGCACAAGUGCUCAAGUUCAAUAGGAAUUGGGAAGCAAGCAUAGGAUUUAGGUCGGGACUUGACUGAUCUAACAAAUAAAAGUGCUUUGAUCUAAACUGUUUUGUUGUAUUUCUGGUUGUAUGUUCAGGAUCAUUGUACUGCCGGACGGAGAGCAAGUCUUUUGCAGCCUCUAAGAAGUUUUCCUCCAUGAUUACUCUUAUACACUUAACCCCCGUCCAUCUUUCCUUUAACUGUGACAGAUUCUCUGUCGCUGUUAAAGCUGCAUGAAUCUGGAGAUGGUCUGUUCAGGAUGUUGUGCGAUUUUAAACCCCUUCUCCUUUGUCAACUUUCAGGCCAGCUGGUUAAUGUCUGGUUUGGGUCUAGCCAAAUACCUGUUGGCGGUGUGUUUCUCACUAUAUGGGCAGGAAUGUGGGAAUGUGAGCAGGCAUUAUCUUUGGUCAAUAUGUCAACAAUAUCAUUUUGUCUUUCUUUAUAUUUGUUUGUUACGGGUUGCUGUGAACCAUUGACGCAGUAAGAAAUAAUUCCGCAAGUACCGCCUAUGUCUAUCCAGUGACACAGAACUACGGGCCAAUCAACGAAUGCAGUCUGCUGCCAAACAACUCGCUUGCAUUCAAUACCUGGCAUGACCCGGCUAAUCCAGGGUAGGAUCCUACCCUGACACGAAUCUGUCUGGAACUGACUGGGGAAGAACCAGUUAAAGCCACACCCCUGGAGAAGAGGCUUUAUCAAUCUGACCAGAGUAACUUCGUCCAUGUUUCCUGUAUCCCCUACAAGAGUUAUGGCAAUUACUUCCUUCUUGUCAUUCCUCCAUAAAAGUCUGUUUGUGCUGUAUUGACUUGUAAUCAAUCUGCUGACAGAUUCUCACAGCUGACCUGUGGAUGUCUGCAACUCUUCCAGAUUUACCACAAGCCUUUCAUUAAUCAUGCUUCUCUGCUUAAUAUUUUCUAUGGCAACACAUUUCUGCCAAAAACGCUGAGGAGUGAUUUAAUUAAUUUGUAAUAAUUGUUUUACCAUUUGGUGUGCUGCAUUCACGGGUCUGUGAAUAAGUGGAAAUGUCCCUGGUCAGAGCAUGCUCUGUUCAAUAAUAAAUAAUGCUCUGUUGUGUUUCCUUAAUACACUCCUCAGGUUUUUGGCAGGAAUGUCAUGCCAUAUUCCUCUUACCUGACCAGUUAUUUUAUUUGUAAUUACCAAAAAGCUUAAUUUGACACAGGUGGACUUAAUUAGAUAACUUCUUGAGGCAAUUUGUUCCUUUAAAUUUCAUAAUUGGUGUCCAAGUAAAGAGGCUAGAUGCAAAAGACAAAAUUUUCUUUGUAAAAAUUUAGCAAAGUCGUGUAUUCUUUUUCUUCCACUUUGUAGUUAUACCCUACGUUGUACUUGGUUUUCACAUGAAUUCUCAAUGAAACAUAUUAAGGUUUGUAUUUAUACCAUGAUGAAUGUGGAAAAGUUUUAGGGGUUUAAAUACUUUUGCAAAGCACUGUAGAUAAACUCCACAACCUUAAGCUUUGUUUUGUCCUAUUAAUACAUGUACUUGCAUUUAAGUUAUAUUUUCAAGUUUUUUCCCUUCUUUUUAUUAUGUUGGCAAAUCUUAAAACACAAACAAACCUGCUGCUUUCA